AUAGCUAUGUGAUCAAUAGAUCACGGGAGCAUAGAAAUUUAUCUCAAGGAUAUCAAAAUAUGCAUGGCAACAUUUCCUAGUUAAACAACAACAAAAAAAGCCAGCAUCUGGGUGAAGCUUCAUAGGGAACAAUGUUAUCAGAUCUCUCCAGGCAAACAUGAGGACCGUAUAAAACGAGCUGCUCAAGGGAAAGCAGCACCUUUCUUCCAGCAAGUUUCCCUGCCAGAACAGGCGGAGGCCUGAGGGCUCCCAGGAGCAAUGGAUCUGAAAGGGAUCUGCGUGCUCUCCGUCAUCCUUGUUGUAGCCCUCAUCACCACGACAGAAGGGAAGGCACCACCGACAAAAUGCCAAUGUAAAAUAGCCCCCAGGGAGCGGAAGAACUGUGGCCCCCCAGGAAUCUCAGCAGCGGACUGCAGGAAAGCUGGGUGCUGCUUCAACGCUUCAGUUCCUGGCGUCCCCUGGUGCUUCACCGCUAAACCAAAGAAAGUUAAGAAAGUCUGUCCUGCCGACCCUCGGAUCCGAGUGAACUGCGGCUACCCUGGCAUCACAGCCAAGGAGUGCACAAGUAGGAAGUGCUGCUUCCGGGCACACCCCGCUGGUGUCCCCUGGUGCUUCUACCACCGCACGGUCGAGGAAGCUUGUUAAAGCAGAAACUUCCAUCAAGAGCCUACUCAACUGGGAAAUAACAGCCAGACGUCCCAGCUCAAACUUCAUCAUUUGUAACAACAACGAUUUUUAUGUCACUUUUUUCUCCUUUCUGAAGAAAAGUUUUCCACAGCUUUUAUUCUAUCAGUAGGGUAGUACCACACAGUUUUUCAGUGUAAUAAAAGAACCAAGACACAAUU